AUGAAAGGCAGCAUCGAGCCAGUCACUGUUACUUCCAGGAUGCCAAGUCUGGCAGCACUUCCAGAUGAGCUGCCGAUCCAUCGUCCCACCCAUUGGGAACAGGUUCCAGGCUUAUUCCCAGAUACCACACAGCUGCUGCCAAUGGCAGUCCCUGGAGAGACGAAUGCCGCUUCUGGCUCACAAGUGGCCCGCCUCGGUAGAUCAUUUGCACAGAUCGCAGCAGAGGCAGACAGUUCCAUGGACGAUGACGAAGGUGAUAGCUUUGCGGUUAGUCGUCGUCGCGCCAUGUUGCGGGAGCGCAUUGUACGUCUUCAGUGUGAGCUCAACCUCACUGAGGAUAUGCACGUUGCGAACCUCAAUGCCAGCUCGACCGUGUUCCAAAUGGGGUACAUUCUGAGGGACAUUCGUGGCGAGGCGUAUCACAGCAACUGA